AUGCAAAAAUCCCUGCCCCCUCUAGACGCGGCGUGGGACCCGACCCUGCAGACAGACGACGGAGAGGAAUAUUGCUGGACACCACUGCAGCUCGCCGCUAGAGACGGAGACCUGGUCACAAUCCGGGCCAUCCUUGCCGCCGACCAGGCCGCCGUCAAUGAGCCCCCGCACGGGUACUAUGGACAAACGGCCGUCCAGGCUGCAUGCAUGUACGGCCACGAACAGGCCGUGCAGAUGCUGGUCGACGCCGGCGCCGAUAUCCACUUUUGCGGGGGCAACAACUUCCAAAGAAAUGCCUUGCAGAUCGCCUGCGGACACGGCAACGAAAAAGUCGUUGAUAUCCUGCUCAGCGCGGGAGCAAAAGUUAACGAGGUGUCAUUGAAGUCUAUGCCGCAUCUUUCGGUACACGGGUCACCAGCAGCUUCAUCGUCGUCGGUUGUCGUGACGCGGUAUAACGGAAGAACGGCGCUCCAGGCAGCCGCUGAGCGAGGACACGAACAACUCGUCAGCCGACUACUACAACUGGGAGCCGAUGUGAAUGCCCCGCCAUCACCGACGGCAGGGUACACGGCAUUGCAAGCUGCAGCGGGCGGCGGAUACCUGGCGAUGGUGAAGCUUCUUCUCCAACAUAGGGCUGAUGUUAAUGGUGCCUCGGCAAAGUACAAGGGCUAUACGGCUCUUCAGGGCGCAUGUCUGCGAGGCCAUCUAGAGAUCGCCAACCUUCUUCUUCGGGAAGGCGCCGAUGUCCACGCUGUGGGAGGCAUUUACGGGGAUGGGAUGGCUUUACAUGCGGCAGCUGAGAAGGGUCGUGUAGACUUGAUGGAGCGCUUGUUAGCGGCCGGUGCUGAUGUGAAUGCUUGUAGUUACAAGGGACGGAGAGGGCAGAGUGCGCUUCAGAGCGCUGCGGUACGGGGUUACGAGGAAGCGAUGCAGGUUCUGAGAGAUCACGGUGCUGUAGGAAAGACGGGGGGAGGAAGAUUCUUGUUUCCUUGA